AUGACUACUUCAACCACCCUUCCCCAACUCACUGUGCCACCUCACACUGUAGCACAGCUCUCCACAGACAAUGAAAAGCAAAGCAAGGAUGACCUUUCGCCUGAAUUAAAUCGUUAUCGUCUGCUCAACGUUAAUAACAGCAAUAACAAUGAAGAAGAGGAGAAAGAAAAGGAAGAAAAGGAGGCAAAGGAAAAGGAAGAGAAGGACAAGAAGGAAAAAGAAGAGAAGGAGGAGAAGAAGGAAAUAGAAGAGAAGGAGGCAAAGGAAACCGAAGAGAAGGAGAAUGAAAAAGAAGAGAAGGAAGCAAAGGAAAAAGAAGAGAAGGAGAAGAAGGAAAAGGAAGAGAAAGAGAAGAAGGAAAAGGAAGAGAAGGAAAAAGAGAAGCCAAAAGAAUUAUUUGUCAUUAAUCCUGCUGGGAACUUGUAUUACAACUGGUUGUUCAUCAUCACAAUGCCAGUCAUGUACAACUGGACCAUGAUCAUUGCCAGGGCUUGCUUUGAGGAGCUGCAGCAUAACUACCUCGUUUACUGGAUGACUCUGGACUACUCCUCUGACAUAAUCUACCUGGCUGAUAUGUUCUUCAGGACUAGAACAGGUUACCUUGAGCAAGGCCUGAUGGUGAAAGAUAAGCAGCUUCUACUUGAUCGCUACAUCAACAGCUUCCAGUUUCGUCUUGAUUUCAUCUCCAUGCUGCCCACUGACCUCCUCUACUUCUUCCUUGGCCUCGAUUAUCCAGAGAUCCGAAUCAACAAGCUGCUGAGGAUUGGCCGCAUGCUUGAGUUCUUUACAAGGACGGAGACAAAAACCAACUACCCCAACAUCUUCCGCAUUGCAAACUUGAUCAUGUACAUCCUCAUUAUCAUCCACUGGAAUGCUUGCUUUUACUUCUCAUUCUCCAAGUCCAUUGGUUUUGGCGCAGAUGAAUGGGUUUACCCUGCUCUUGAUGAUCCUGACGAGCCUGCUUUUGGGGAGUUGGGCAGAAAGUAUUCAUUUAGCCUCUACUGGUCCACGCUGACCCUGACUACCAUCGGAGAAACUCCACCACCAGACCUGGACUCUGAGUUUCUCUUCCAUGUGGUUGACUUUUUAGUGGGGGUCUUGAUUUUUGCCACCAUUGUAGGAAACAUUGCCACCAUGAUCUCCAACAUGAAUGCUGCCCAAGCUCAGUUUCAGGCGCGGAUUGACAACAUCAAGCAGUACAUGCAGGUCCGAAAGGUCAGCAAGGAACUUGAGUUGAGAGUCAUCACGUGGUUUGACUAUCUGUGGAAUAACGGCAAGGCACAGGAUGAAAGAGAGGUGCUGAGGUAUCUUCCAGACAAGUUAAAGGCUGAGAUCGCCAUCCAAGUGCACAUGGAGACGCUCAAGAAAGUUCGUAUUUUUGCAGACUGUGAGGCAGGCCUGCUAAUCGAGCUGGUGCUAAAGCUUCGGCCACAAGUGUUCAGUCCCGGAGACUAUAUCUGCAAAAAGGGUGACAUUGGCCGUGAGAUGUACAUCAUCAAAGAUGGAAAUCUUGCAGUCGUUGCAGAUGAUGGUGUCACACAGUUUGUUGUGCUGAAAAGCGGCAGCUACUUUGGUGAGAUCAGUAUCCUGAACAUUAAAGGCAGCAAAGCAGGGAACCGACGAACAGCCAACAUUCGCAGCAUUGGAUACUCAGACCUCUUCUGCCUGUCCAAGGAUGACCUGAUGGAGUCACUGGUAGAGUAUCCAGAUGCCAAAAGCAUGCUUGAGGACAAAGGCCGGGAGAUCCUGAUGAAAGACGGUCUGAUAGACUUGGACCCAGCUAAUAUCAAGCCUGAGGUCAAGGAGCUAGAGGAGAAGGUCAACAAAUUGUAUAACUCGAUGGAGCUCAUGCAGUUCAAGCUAAAGAGGAUUUUGGGGAAUAACAAGAGCGGUAACAAGGCUCUGAGACAUCGCAUCGCAGAUUUGGAGCACCUAACAGGAGAGGAGGUGGAAGACGAUGAUGAGGAGGAAGAAGAGGUGAAAAGGGACGAGAAAAAGGUGGAAGAGGAGAAAAAGAAAGAGGAAGACAAAGGCGAGGAGAAAAAGGAAGAUGAAGGAAAAGGUGAAGCGGAAAAGACAGGAGAGGAAAAAGUUGAGGAAGCAAAAGAUGAAGAAGGAAAGGCAGAAGAAGAGGAGAAAAAAUAA